GGCACAGGAAUUUGAGGCUCUCCAGGGACAGCUCCUGCUCUGGCUGUGACCAUGGGGAAGAGAGUGGCUGUGGUGCUGGCUGGAUGUGGGGUGUACGAUGGUAGUGAGAUCCACGAGGCUUCUGCUGUGCUGGUGCAUCUCAGCAGGGAGGGGGCACAGGCAGAGGUUUAUGCUCCUAAUGUUGAGCAGAUGCAUGUGGUGGACCAUGUGAAAGGACAGCCAACUCAGGAGAAGCGCAACGUGCUGGUUGAAAGUGCCAGAAUAGCCAGAGGCAACAUCAAGGAUCUCGCUACGUUGGAUGUCAAGGAGCUGGAUGCCCUAAUCAUCCCAGGUGGUUUUGGAGUGGCUAAAAACCUGAGUACUUGGGCUACCCAAGGCAAGAACUGUGUCAUCUCCAAAGAGGUGGAGGAUGUUCUGAAGGCAUUUCAUGCUGCCAAAAAGCCCAUUGGCCUGUGUUGCAUCUCCCCAGUGCUGGCAGCCAAAAUCUUCCCAGGCUGUGAGCUGACUGUAGGUCACGACACAGAGUGUGAGAAGUGGCCUUAUGCAAAGACUGCUGAGACCAUGAAGGAAUUGGGUUGCAAGCACAUCAACAAACACGUCACUGAAACUCAUGUGGAUGCAAAGAACAAGCUGGUGACCACCAGCGCCUUCAUGUGCAAUGCCCCCAUCCACCAGAUCCACGACGGCAUUGGAAAAAUGGUCAAAGAAGUGGUCAGCCUUGCCUGAAUGCCACGAAGGCAUAGAACCCAUCUCCUCUGGAGGGCAGGCACUGACCCUAGGAUAACAUUCUUCCCCUUUUACAUCACAUCAGCAGGCAAACGGCCACUCAAAGGGAGUUCUUUCCCCCCAACAGACCACUGGUGGCUGCUGAGGAGGGAGAACUCCGGAGCAAUGGAAGCAGAGUUGUGUUCUGCCAAGGACACAUCACUUACCGACAGCAAACUGGCAGCAACUGGGGUGUGGGCACGGAUGGAGCUGGCAGGCAGAAGCUAGGCUUCCGUGAAUUAGUGGCAAAGUGAAGGCACACAGCAAAUUUACUGAA